AUGCAAGAAAGUGUUACUACUAAGAGACAAGGGGGCGUGUCACCAGCUACACCACGCGCUGGAAGUGGAAGUACAAUUGAUGAAGAUUGGUCUAUCAUUUCAUCAUCGUCAGAUUUUGAUGACGAGAGAUCAACCACGAGUUCAGAUGGCAAACAAAACAUUGGGUUAGAUGAUCAGUUAGAAUCGCUGGAUAUAGAUGGCUCAAUCUUUAAAGUACCUAAAUUGAUUUCCGGACUUAAAAAGCAAGAUCCAAUGGAGUCAAUACAAGGAUCAGCAAGAAGUGACAGCGCUGGAAAGACUGCAGGUUGGGGAGAUAGUGAAAAAGUUGAGAAUAAUCACUCCCCAUUGUCCUUCUCACUGGAAUCUUACCUGGAUGAUUCGGUAUCUGACGAAUUGUCAAAAUCAGUUAAUGUGGGCUCGAAAAUCAAGUUUUUUGAAAACAUGAGCAUGUUCAAUGAGUCUAUCAAACAGAAAUCGAGUGAUUUUUAUUCCAAUUACGCUAAAGAUAAGAUUGACCAAUUGAAUAGGUAUGUUAGUGAGCAAAAUAGGUCAGUUGGGUUAGGAAGUGAGUCAGUGGAGUCUAAAGAGCCGCUACAAGCAACAAAAGCAGAUGGUACUGGUGCUAUUGCUGCAACUUCUGCGGAGGUAGAUACCGAUUUGGAAGACACAAUAGAAUUACAAGCAAGAGAAAAUAUAGAGCCUCAAGAGAUGCCAAUUGACAAGCUGAAUUCAAAUGCAGAAACACUGAAGGACGCAAACCGCAAAAGAAGCACCGAUUCCACCAAAAUGAGAAUAGUUAAUGCUGUACAACAAUUUUUGAAUACCCAUUCUGAAUAUCUUUAUUACUACCUUUUUGCUAUUUUAGUUGGCCUAAUACCAACAGUUUAUGCAAUUCAUCAGUUGAUAGCUACUAAAGAAACGAAACCGAUGACAACAUUUGAAAAACUCAACUAUUGCUGGGAUAACUUUGUCUACCAAGAGGCACCGGUGACCAAUAGCAACUUUUUUCCAUUUGGCCAUAAAAAGUUGAAGGUGAAUCGGUUUGUAAACUAUGGAAAGCAAAUGAGAGCUAAUUUGGAGCCCAGAGUAGUCUUUUUGCGUGAGUGCGCCAACAAAGCCGUGACAGGCGCGGUGCCUAUUGCUAAUAACUGGUUGAGCAAGGCCCAGAAUUCAUUGAUGUUGGCGAAUAAAAAUGCCGAGCAUUGGUUUGAGGAGGCAAGCAGGUUUACAAAGAAUGGAUUUGGCACCUUGAAGGAACUCGCUUCACAGGGAAGUGACAUAGCGUCGAAAUAUGGAAAGUAUAGCGUGGGCUAUGCAUCUAACAAUGGGAAGAUUUUUGCUAAAAACUUAUCUAGUUACACAAGGACUUCAGUGGACACAUUGGACGCUUGGUUGCGCACCUCGAGUGCAGGUGUGGCAGUAGUUUUUGACAAAUCAGUUAAGGUUUCCAUCAAGCAUGGCAAUACUGCUUCAGGGCUCUUGAGGAGGUUAGGAAAAAAAUGGAUAAAGGCUGGAAGGCAUGGUCUUCGAAGAUCAAACAAGGCUAGCCGCAAAGCUGUCAUGAGUAUUGCAAAGUUGUACCCAAAGUGGCGAAAGAGUGCGGGGUUGCAACUCUCGACCUAUGCAAAAUGGGGAGCUCUGUUUUGGUCCAAAGAUUCCUUAGUGGGAAAGCAAAUACAAUUUCUGUCAAAACUUGUCUUUAAGAAGUUCUCAGAAUAUGCCAAAGUCUAUCGUGGUGUUUGCGAUGAAAAGGGUUUGGAAGUGCUUUAA